UUCAUUUGCCUUUGUUUUAGAUCAAUAGUCCAGACGUAAACGUAAACAAACAAUGGUUACGAGAGUACGCAACGAGCAUGCAUUCAAAAACACUCGAUAUGCGCACUCGUUCUCGUGCUCGCACUCGACUAUAUGGAACAACACUCUCGUGACGUCACUUCCGAGAGCGAGUACGUGAGCACGCAUGUUUACCUAUUUGGAACACAGCCUGUGUGUGCGCAAUAAUUGGUUUGAUUGCAGUGAAUUUUUAAAAAAAUGUAGUUUUUUCGGGAUGCAAUGUAUUAUAAAUAAGUGAUUUUAAUUAUUUUUAUUUAGAGAACACUAUAAACAUGUUUAUUUGAAUUAGUGAUGCCAUUAGUGAAUCUGGAAUUUAUUUGAGAUUGUUGACAUGACACUAGAAUAACAUUUUAAAAAUAAUUUUCUUAGUUUGGGUUUAUGUUUUUAUAUUGUGGAAUAUUGUGAGAAGCCAUCUUGGAUGAGUACAUAUAUGUGUUCUGUUUCUGUUUCCGAGUUAAAUUUGCCGCGCAUUUAGCAAAUUGAAAAAGUUUGUUGUUUGGUGUAUUCACAUUAAGAUUUGGAUUUUCGACUAUCUGUGUUAUUAGUGUUUACUAAUGUAUGUCUCAUGAAUAACGUUUGGUUAGUACUACUGAACUGUCUUUUAGUUGGUCGUAUUUAAAGUGUUCAUUUAGAUUAUCAGUAGAAAUGGAAACUUGCACAAUGAACAAAAGUGCAGUCACGCUUGAAGGUUCGGCGACGAUAAUCAGGGAGUACUUGUAUUUCGCCAUCAACAGCGUUCUUUACCAGCGAGGCGUGUACUCGCCCAAGACUUUCAAACUGGGCAAAGAGUUCGGCCUUCCCUUGUUGGUCACCAUCGACGAACCGCUGAAGCAGUACCUGUCCAAAGUGCUGGACACGAUGAGGGACUGGAUAACGGACAGGAAGUUGCGCGUCGUCUGCCUGUUCAUCAAGGACAAGGCGAGCGACGAGACGUUGGAGUCGUGGGAGUUCUUCGUGCGCUACCGCGAGGGCCCGUGCGACGGGGAAGAAGGCGGGGAGGACGUGGCGGUGGUGCAGAGGGAGAUACGCAAGGUGCUGCGCCAGAUCUCGUGCUCCAUCACGUACCUGCCCCUGCUGGACACCGCGGUCUCCUUCGAGCUCAAGGCCUACACGAGCCACGACGUCGUGCCCCAAGUCUGCAAGGAGUCCCAGCCGAACGAGAUCAAGAACGUCCAGAGGGUGCAACUGAGCAACAUCGCCACCGGCUACCAUAACGUGGACACCGUGGUCUCGUACAAAGUCAUGUGAUCUGGCGUAUCUUGCGCGCGUGUGGAAUCGUUUGCCGCUCGCCGGCAAGUUAAAAUGUACCUGCAUCCUUCAUAAGUUCUUUGCAUAACACUGUUUUGUUUUGUGUGAACAGACCCGUAGAGAGAAACCAGGGGCCCGGUGGCAAAUAAUUACUUAAAAAAAAAAAAACAAAAAAAAAAACAAUUUUUCUGUAAUAUUCUUACAGCACAGCUUUCCAGUGAAGUACCUAAUAAUAAAAUUCUGAUAAUACUUUUAUUGGAUUCCAGAAAUGUUCCUAUAUUCUGCCUGAAAACAGCAUUUCUAUAUUCUGUAAUUAUCGGACAGCGCGGCUUUUUUAGAGCGGAAAGAAAAAAUCCGAAAACAUGGUUUGUGAAUAAAAUUAAAAUUUUGCAUCUCACAUUAGAAUACCUGUCAGUGCUUUUACGCUGCUGUCGCCAUUCAUUUUUUAUCCACGAUAAAUAGAAAUAUAUGUUUUCCAAAUACUAGAGAUCUUCCUGAAUUAGACUGAAAAAAUGUUUCUUAAUUCCUACUGGUUUGUUAGAAGGAAAAAAAUAAAACAGUUUACAGCUUAAAUUAUCAUACCUAUGUAUUCACGAUAUCACCGACACUCAUUGUUUACCUGUGUGGAUUUUUUUUGGAGAACUUAAUAUAAUGUAGAUGUUAGUGUAAUAAUGAAAGUCGUUUAAAUAACGACUAUUGCAAUUAUAAGGAAUUUUUAAUGCUUAUAUUUAAUGCUUGUUGUUUUAUUAGAAUAAGUAAUUGUAUUACAAAAUGUUUCUUUUGUUACAUUGCAUUUAAAGCACAUACUAUUUUGAGUAAUAUUGUAAUGAACUAGUCUAAUGGGAAUUGAAUUGUUAACAUAGUUCAUUUUCUGUCAGGAAUACAUGCUGUGCAAUGAAUAUCUGGCACAUUUUAUUUUGCAGUCUUUCCAGGAAAUUCUUUGAUUACAGCCGUCAUAUAUUCUGUGUUUGAUAUGGGUGGUGUUUCAUGUAUCCAAGUUUAUCCCUGGAUCCUGAAGGCUUGAUCCUGAUGGCAUAAUCCUGUGUACAUGAUGCUUGCUGUUUUACUUUAGUAUGUCAGAAGAUUGUGCACAUGAAAGAAAUUGCUAAAUAAGAGAGAAUUAUGAUUGUAGGGUUAAAGAAAUCCUUUUUAUUCGACUUACAUUAUAAUUAUUUAUUAUAUGCAUAUCCAUUUUCUUUAUGUACUGGAUCUUCCGACAUACUGAAUUAAAACAGCAAGUAUCAUGUACCACAGGUUCAAGCCAACAGGAUCAUAACAUCACGAUCAAGCCUUCAUAAUCCAGGGAUAAACUUUAAUAUAUGAAAUGUAAUAAUUAGCAUAUUUUUAAUUCUCCACAGUUGGCUGCAGUUGUACUAAUCAAGGACACAUGAUCGCGGGUAAACAAUGACUGGCGAUGGCAGUGUAAACACAGGUAUUGUAAUGUAAGAUUUGAACUGUAAUUUUUCACGAACCAGUAGGAAUUAAAAAACCAUGUUUUGAGGAUAAAUUUAGGGUGGUCUCUAGUACUUUAAAAACAUUUUUUCAGUUUUUAUACACUUUUCGUUCCACAAAGCAGUGACGUCCGAUGCUGGUAUAGUAAUGUAAGCUAUAACUAUUAUUUUUCAUAAACUGCUAGGAAUUAAGAAACCAAUCCUUCAAGGUAAAUUUAGGGAAGUGUAUAGUGUGUGAAAACCAUAUUCUCCAAUUUUUUUUCUUUCCGUUCUAUAAAGCCGCUACGUCCUAUACUAGUUACAGAGAAUUCAACGUUAAUAGAUUUACCUUCAAUACCUGUGCAUUGAUGUGGCCGUAGCCAUUUUUUCCUUUCCCGUGUUGGUCUGUGUGUAUAUAUAUAUGAUUUGGAGAACUUUAAAUUGUGAAAAUGGUUGAAUAUGUUCAGUUAGCAACAUUAAAAAAUACUUCAGAACAAUGUGAAUGAUUGGUGGGGUUAGUAUAGCUACAUAUUAAAUUUCUAAUUCCUAAGAAACCAUUCAAAAUAUUUUAACAAUAUUUUUAAUGAAGCUAUACCAACCCAACCAACUGUCCACAAUGUUUUGAAGUAUUUUUAAUUUAGUUAAUCUAAUGUAAUCAGCCAUUCUCAAAAUUUUACUCAAGUUCUCUAGACAUAUACACACACAGACCCACACGGGAAAGCGAAAAAUGGCGUUGGCCACGUCAAUGCGCGAGCAUUGUAAGGUAAGUUGUAAACAGUAAUUUCACAGAAACCAGUUAGAAUUCAGAAAUGCUAUUUUCAGGGUAAAUGCAGGAAAACGUAUCUAGGGUUUGAAAAAAGUAUUCUCCGAAUUUUAUUAUUACCUACUUCACGGAAAAGCGGCGCUGUUAGAACAUUACGAACUUUUCAAACUCUGUAGUUUAAAAAAAAUAAGUUAAGACUAAACCGUAUCAAGGCUGUAACUGUAAACAUGAUCUGUACGUAUCACAUAACUUGUAAGUUUUUGAUCCUGUAAUUUUUUUCCUUCUAGCAAAGUAAACUAGUGCAUGAAUAAAUCUCGAAAAUCAAGUGGGGAGGCUCUGGUGCCAUAGUCCCAGGGAUUUUGUACCCCUCAUCUUCCUUCCUAUGACCCUGUAUGUUAACAUAGAUUUUAACUUACUAGUAGUUUUUUAUAUUUUUGUAUUGAAUGUUCCAAUUGUGUACCAAGACAUCACUCAAAAAUUGUGAAGUGCAUUUAUAUUUGUAUUAACUAAAGUUUUUUUUUGACAUAGAUUAGAAGAAUUUGUCUUGCAUAUACUCUGUACAAAUCUUGAGGUUUUUUUUUAAAUUGUAGUAUGUAUGUAUGUUUUUUACUUUUUGGCUGGAAUUUUUCCAUGUGUAAUCAUACAUGGCAGUAGCCACACAUGUGUGAACUGCAGUUGUAAGUGAAAUUUAGUUAGUUUGUUAAUUAUCUAAUGUGCCUUAAGUGAAUCCUUAGCUGUGUUAAAAUGUAUCAGUUAUAUUGAUACUAAUAAACACAACUGUAUCCACAAAGACAAGUGAAGUCCCAAGUCUUGUUUGUUCAAUCUUAAGGUUCUGAGAAAUAAUUCUAAUAAUAACUACUAAGUAAAAAGUUGGUUAGUUUAGGUCAGCCACAUUAAUAGUACGUCAAUUAUCUAUAAUUUUAUCAAAUAUUGUAAGUAUUUUUAAUGUAUCUGAGCUAACAUAACCAAUCCAUUAUUCAACUAUUUGCCUUAUCUCCCAGAAAUUUCUACUCUACAUAUUUCAUGUAAUAAUGAGUUUAUGGCCAAAUAAACUGACUAGUCAAAUUUUUAUACAACUUCUUGCUAAUAUGAAUGCAUUGUUAAAGUGGUUGCUACUAACCUGGGAAUUGUAUACUAUGUGAUUACAUGACAAUAAAGGUAAUGCCAUAAACAUAAUUUGUGAUUACAUCAUUAGCAACAUUAUAUUAUUUCAGAAAAAGCACAGGAAAAUAGGGUUUUGUAUUGUUAAAUAUUGGAACUGAAUAUUAGCAUUCUAUUUUACUAUAUGUAACUGAAUAUGUAAUGCUAAUUGAAGUUACGAUGCCAAAAAAUUAGUUAAAUUUGUUAUUGGAAAAUUUACCAGAAAGGUUGGUCAUAAUGUACUGUACUACCUGCAUCCAAAUUAUUCUAUUUUAGUGUUGUAAAGUACAAAAUAAUCUAGAAUAUUGUAGUCUGUAUUCCAAUGUCUUUGUCAUUGGUGCCUCAUAAAAAAUGUGUUAGGUAUUAAAGACAUAAUGCAAAUAUAUACAGCCACCAAUUUACUGUAGGCUACAUGGUUAAAUAUCUGCAUGUUUAAAUGUUCAUGUAUUCUCAUAGGAGCCUGCCUUUAUUUGUGAUACCCACUCAGAUAAUUUAUUAAAACACUCAUGCUUAUAAA